GGAGGCGACGGAAAGAUGGAGGCUCUUGACUGAGGCACAAUGGAAGCACUGGGGCUCCUGACAUUUGAAGGGCUGCCUCUUCCCCCCAAAGGAAAUGAGUCAAAGAGCAAAAGGAAAGGGAAAAAAGGCAGAAUUCCAAAAACUCCCUUCCUCUGAACACCAUCUUUGUGCCGGCAUCUGGGGGAGGCCAGCUGGGGUGGGGUCAUCUGCCAGGCCGGCCUGGAGGACUUGGCCCCUUGUUUAUUCUCAACCACCACGGGACAGCUGCCAGGGCCCGCCCCAGCUCUGCUGUCAUUGGAGGAACUGAAACUUUAAGGCUGCUGCUAAGGACCAGGACGGUUCAUUUCCUCUCGCAUGUGGGCCUGCUAUGACCGGCAGGGGAAGGUUGAGCCGUGGUCCAGCUCCGAGCGCAUAGCCAUGCCUCUCGCCUUGCCAGUCUGCUACAAAGAUGUUCUCCAUUAUAAGACAAACAGAAUCAUACGGAUCCAGAGCGUGAACUAUGGCACCAUUAAGUGGAUCCUCCACGCAAUUGUCUUUUCCUAUGCUAGCUUUGCUUUGGUGACCGACAAGCUGUACCAGAAGAAGGAGUCUGUCAUCAGUUCCGUGCACACCAAGGUGAAAGGGUUGGCAGAGGUGAACGAGGAGGUCAUUCAGAACGGAGAGAAGAAGGUGGUGCCCAUUGUCUUCGACACGGCGGAUUACACCUUCUCCUUGCAGGGGAACUCCUUCUUUGUGAUGACAAACUUUCUCAGGACAAAAGGCCAGCAGCGUGGGGUGUGUGCCGAGUAUCCCACCCACAGGACACUCUGUCACUCCGACAAGAAUUGCAAACAGGGAUGGAUGGGCCCGCACAGCAAAGGAAUUCAGACUGGCAAGUGUGUGGUGUAUAAAGGGAACCAGAAGACCUGCGAAGUCAAUGCCUGGUGUCCCGCCGAGGCAACGGCAGAGGUCCCCCGGCCCGCGCUCUUGAACAGUGCCGAAAACUUCACUGUGUUCAUCAAGAAUAACAUCGACUUCCCCAGCCACAACUUCACCAUGAGAAACAUCUUACCAGGUUUCAACAAGACCUGCAUCUUCCACAAGACGAAGGACCCACUGUGCCCCAUUUUCCGACUGGGAGACAUCUUCCGAGAAACAGGAGAUAACUUUUCGGAGGUGGCGGCUCAGGGAGGAAUCAUGGGCAUUGAGAUCUACUGGGACUGCAACCUGGACAGCUGGUCCUUCCACUGCAGCCCACAGUACAGGUUCCGUCGCCUGGACGACAAGAUCACCAACCAGACCUUGUACCCCGGCUACAACUUCAGACACGCCAAGUACUACACGGAAAACGGUGUUGAGAAACGGACGCUGACAAAAGUCUUCGGGAUCCGUUUUGACAUCCUGGUUUUCGGCACCGGAGGAAAAUUUCACAUUAUCUCACUGAUCGUGUACAUCGGUUCGACCCUCUCCUACUUUGGUUUGGCCACUCUGUUCAUUGACUUUCUCAUCGACACUUACUCGAGCACCUGCUGUCGAUCCUGCGUUUAUCGCUACUGCACGUGCUGCAAGAGCUGCGUGAUCAAUGAGUAUUACGACAGGAAGAAGUGCGAGGUCAUCAUAGAGCCAAAGCGGACACUAAAAUAUGUGUCCUUUGUGGAUGAAGCCCACGUCAGAAUGGUGGAUGAACAGCUGCGUGGGAGAAGUCUGCAAAAUGUCAAAGGCAAAAAAGUCCCAAGAUCCAUGAUGGAUUUCCGAGAGGUGUCCAGGCUGCCCCAGUUCCUCCCGGACUCGCCCCCCACACCCGAGCAACCAGAACAGAUCCAGCUGCUCAGUGCAGUGACGACUCCGAGAGCCAGCAGCCCGGCCUGGUGCAGGUGCGGACACUGCCUCCCAUCCCAGCUGCCCAAGGACCGCCAGUGCCUAGAGGAGCUGUGCUGCCGCAAGGAGCCGGGCGCCUGCAUCACCACCUCAGAGCUGUUCGGGCAGCUCGUCCUGUCCCCUCGGGCCCUGCGGUUCUCCCUGCUCUACCAGGAGCCCUUGCUCGCGCUGGAUUCCGACGCCACCGACAGCCUGCUGCGGCACUGCGCCUACAGGUGCUACGCCACCUGGCGCUUUGGCUCCCCGGACCUGGCGGACUUUGCUAUCCUGCCCAGCUGUUGCCGCUGGAGGAUCCGGAAGGAGUUUCCCAAGAGUGGAGGCCAGUACAGUGGCUUCAAGAGCCCUUGCUUGAUGGAAUAGGGCUGGGCAGCUGCAAUGACAUUACCUUUGCUUGUACCUUGAGCUUCAACUGCAAAGAUCUGUGGCUAGAUUUUCAGACAAAGGGAAAUGUACUUUUCCCCACUACAGUUCCGUGUCAGAGAGCAGAGACACUUGGGUAAAUAAACAAGCAAGCCAGACUCCCACGGCAUGGACCACCCAUCAAGAGAUCCCGAUGUCUGCCUCAAUUCUGUCCCUAGAAGUUGUGUGGUCCUCAGCCUUUAAUCUCUGCUCCUCAGGUGCCUGAUUAUCCAACCUGCUCCCUCACAGAGAUAUUAGGAGGAAAAAUUCUUGUUAAUGCGUAAAGAGCUACAAUACAAAGCAGCUCAUUAUGAGGUCAGACUGGGUUCAUGUCCAACCAUGAUCGAACCCUUUGGGUCCUGGGUCCUGUUGGAGAAAGGGGAGGAUUUAAAGUGGCAACAGAUUCUCUGGCACUUGACCCUCAAGACCUGAGGGGUCACGUCUCCUCCCCUUGCAUCUGGGUGGCUCUGACCACUUACGCAAGAGUGGAAGUGAUGCUGUGUCAGCUUCGAGGUCUUGGUUUUAAGCAGCUGGCGACUUGCACCACUCCCUGGCCCUUGACACUCUCGCUGUGAAGGAAGCCAGCCUCCAGGGGAAAGCCUGACGACUCUGAGACCGAGAGGAAGCCCAGCAGCCGCGUGGAGAGGACGGAUCCCGACCGGUUCCAGCUCUCAAAUCACACGAGCCCCGUCACUAGACACGGGAGAGAAGACGGCCAGAUGUUCCCAGAGCCUGCUGACACACGUCUGCGGCUGCCUGAGACACCCAGGGGGAGCUGACCGGUGAACCCACACAACAAAACUGUUUUAAGACACUACGUCUUGGCUUCUUUGUUACAUAGCGACAAGAUAACUGGGACAAGAGAGCAAGCCUGACUCGUGGGGACAUACAGACACUUGGCCCCUACCUUCCCUGGUGCUACAGGUCUUAGGGAGCCCGGACCACCCCGGAGCCCCUCAGGAGUUCCUAUGUAGCAGCUAUAGGGGGCUGCAGACCAAAGCAGGCAAUUCACCAGCACGGCCUUGGAGUCCAUCAACUCUAACUACCGAGCUACCCAGUACAUUCCGAUCGCAUCCCAUUUCCACUACUGGAGGUAACUUAAAAACUGGAAAAGGCCGCUUUGAUGCUUUCAACACCCUGCACUUUUCAGCCAGUUCAAGGGGAUGCGGUCUGGGCGCUACUUAAAAAGCAAUCCACGCCCAGACCUUGACCAUUUCUGUACGUCCACCUCUCUGGGGACACGAAGACGGAUUGCUGCAGGUUUUAGGGUCCUCCUGAGGGAUUUCCUUUCCACGGUUUCGGCACCAGAAUUGACUGUUUCUCAAUGACUACUUUGAAGGAUAAAUAGAGACCACCAUUCAACACUGUGACUGACGCAGGACCUGUGAGGUUUUUUAUACAUAGUCUUAAGAUUUACCAUUUUGAUACUUUUUUAAAACCAGCAGCUCUCUACUGUAUUAAAAUAAGAUGAACAAAACUCUUCUCUUUGUGAUACGGGGUUUUAUCUGGCUUUCAACUCAGGAAUCAAGUUAAUUAGGCCAGACUGAACUUUCCUUUUUGCUACCUUCCCAAGGUGUUUUUAAAAAGUGGAUUAGAUGUGACUUCAGGACUGAAAUUCCUACCUCCCUGAAUUCUAGUAACAGCUACGGACUUCCAUUCUGAUGGCCUCUGAGUCUUUAACCUUUAUUGUUUUGGUGCCUCAUUCCUGGUGAGUUUCAGCAUCCUCGAGGAAGUCCCAGGCAGAGUCAGAAUUUGAAGUGACAGAAAAUCACUGGAUCCCCUUCCCCUCAGGGGCCCCGAGAGGGUGACGUGUGACGUCAGCUGUGUGUAAAACGUCUGACACUUCCUGCAACAAUAUGCCUCAUGCCUGCACUCUCAUUGUUAGUUUACCGCCUAAAAUGAUGUCGUCGCCCAAGGCGUGCCCGGGAGAACCACAUUUCACAGGCUCUGUCUUCUUGUACCGAAGUCCGUCCUUCCAUCACAGUAAUUGCACCGCACUCACAGCUCCACCGCUGUGAUCUGCUUUCUUGGAAUGCGGACUGAUUUCAUGUAGAAUUAGUAAUGCGCUCGCGUCCUUCUCCUUAGAGAGAACCGUUUUCUGAACGCUUCCUAAUUUUGGCUUGGCAAUGUAGAUGUCUUAACCUGAAUGUUUUGAUAAUAAAAAAUAAUGCAUA